CAGAGCAACUUGUUCCACAACACAACCAAAACAACACAAUGUUGUGCUCAAGUAAGUUUCUUUGGGCCAUUGACAAUAUACGUACGUGACUAACCGAUCUACAGUCUCUGGCCAGGCGCCGCAACAGCCAGUCGCUUCCUCAAAAUCAGGUAAGAUUCACAGGAUAGCCUUGAGAAGGCGAGGCUGACCCAGUACUGCUAGGCAACAUCUACGAGAAGCGUCUGAUUGAAGCAUACAUUGCAGAGAACCACAAGGACCCUGUCAAUGGAGAAGAUCUGGAGCUUACCGACCUCAUUGACCUCAAAUCUGCCCAUAUAGUCACUCCAAGACCACCAACGCUCACAUCAAUCCCUGCACUCCUGUCCGCCUUUCAAACUGAAUGGGAUGCUACGACCCUUGAGGCCUUCAAUCUGCGACAUCAACUAAAUAUAACACGUCAAGAACUGGCAACUGCUCUAUAUCAGCAUGAUGCUGCUACCCGCGUCAUUGCUAGGUUGACAAAGGAGCGAGAUGAAUCUAGAGAUGCACUGUCUAAGGUUACAGUUGGCGCAGGUGUUGCGGGAAGCGAUGCUAUGCAGAUCGAUAGCUCAGGCAUACCAGAGCAUUUGGUUCUAGCGGUUCAAGAAGCCCAAGUGAAGUAUGUGCCCCACCUCAAUGGCUGAUUGACUAUGCUAAUAUGUUCCAGGCUUUCUAAGGGUCGGCGAAAGCGAACAGUGCCUAAGGACUGGGUUAAUGCAGAAGCAAUCGGAAAAUUUGGUGUCGCACAUGCCUCUGACUCACUCUCUGGCGGAGCCAAUUUUCUUGCUCUUGAUGAGACCAGCGAACUUGCAAUUGUUGGUGGGGCUGAUGGAUACGUUCACAUAUAUUCUGUUACAGAGCAAAACACCGUCAAUACGUACAGAGCUGAGGCUGCCGUUACUGAUGCAGUUUGGUAUGGAAAGUAUCCUGUUGUCUCAACGACCUUGGGUACUGUACAUGUAUUUGGAAAGGAGAAGGUCAUGUUCACAGCCCACGCGGGUAGAGUCAACAGCAUCGACAUUCAUCCCACUUGUGAUAUACUGGCUUCUGUGGGUGUGGAUAAGAGCUUAAUUUUCUACGAUUUAGAAGCAGGAAAGGCUAUGAAGCAGGUGUAUACUGAUUCUGGUAUGUUGCCUAAUUUUGGGUGCCCCUUUUCUGAUAGCAAGCCAAUACUGACUGGUUCUCCUAUAGAACUGACAACGGCUACCUUCCAUCCUGAUGGUCAUGUAUUCGCAGCAGGAGGAGCUGACGGCCAGAUCAAAAUGUUCUACGUGGAGAACGCUGAGAAGGCGGCUAUCUUUGAGUUAGGCGGCCCUGUCCAAGACCUCGUAUUUUCGGAGAAUGGCAUUUGGUUUGCUGCUGUAGCCAAAGGCUCGACCACUGUAGUGAUCCUUGACAUCAGAAAGCCCGAAUUGCCAGAUGAGGUGCGCUUGAAGGAGUUGGAGAUUGGUGGACCAGUUGACACUAUUGACUGGGAUUACACCGGACAGUACGUAGCUGCCGCUGGACCUCGUGGUCUGACGGUCGUGAAGUACACCAAAAGCAACAAAUCUUGGUCUGAUGUCAUCAGCAAUGCUGUCCCAGCUGUUGCUAUUCGAUGGGGUUCCAAUGCCAAGACUUUGGUAACAGUCAACAAGUCGGGCGUUAUCGCAGUCCUUGGAGAAAUUUGAAGAAAGUUAAUUUGGAGUUUGGUGGCAUUUGGAUUUUUUCUCUCUCUCCCAUGAGCAAAAGCAAAAUUCAGGGUUUUCUCUUCCCAGAAUGUUACUGUAAUAUUAGCGCAAGAAACAUAGGCGGAGCGAUACUUGUACGCAGG